CACUCCAAUUGUUGAUUUAAUCCCAACAUAAAACCGAAAAAGGAAAAAAAAGAACUACUUUCCUAAUACGCUUUUCACUGUUUCUUUGAUAAAUUUGGGGUCUAGGGUUCCUCCCUCCCUUUUACUGUUUAAUCAUUGGUACUGUUAUUUAUUUUUAUAUAUGUGUUAUACUUGGUAGCUUCAUGGGGGUUUGAGUGGUUCAACGGCGUGCUGCACUAAUUACUCUGUUUGUUUGUUUGGGGGUUGAUCGGUAAACAAAGUGAAGACGGAUAUCAAAUGCCGGAGGAGGACUUAAUUGAACUCAAAUUUCGGUUGUAUGAUGGAUCAGAUAUUGGUCCUUUUCGAUACUCACCCGCUUCCACCAUACCUAUGCUCAAAGACAGGAUCGUCGCCGAGUGGCCCAAAGAUAAAAAAGUUGCACCCAAGGCGGCAAAUGAUGUAAAAUUGAUAUGUGCUGGCAAAAUUUUGGAAAACAGCAGGACUGUUGGUCAAUGCAAGACACCUUUUGGUGAGCUACCAAAUGGUGUAAUUACCAUGCAUGCUGUUGUACAACCAUCUUUAGCUAAAGCAAAGUCAGAGGAAAAGAAGAUUGACAAGAACCCAAAGCAAAGCACCUGUACGUGCUCCAUAUUGUGAGAUUGUAAGUGAUUCAGUUUGAUCUUGUGGUAUCCUUGGGGUUACCUGCACUGUGAAGAAAAGUCUGGAGCAAUAAUUUGUACGAUACCUCAUUAUUACAUGUUUGUUGAAAACCAAUUUUAUGUAACUAUUGCAUGAUCUUAUGACCACGUUUGUUCUAUUAAGUUUGUAUCUUUACACUCGUAGUCACAGAUUUCUCAUGUAAAAAAUACAGAGAGAAGGCUGGAGACACGCAGAAGGAUUUUUAGCUGUAACUUUUUUGAUUAAUCGGUUAACCUCUGGUCCUCA